UCCUCCGGGAUGGAGCGUUUUGCGGGCCGUCGGGCUCUGGUGACGGGGGCGGGCAAAGGGAUCGGCCGAGCGGUGGCCGUGGCCUUGAGUCGGGCCGGGGCCCAGGUGGUGGCGCUGAGCCGGACCCAGGCGGACCUCGAGUGCCUGCGGAAGGAGUGCCCUGGAAUCCAGACACUGUGUGUUGAUGUAGGAGAUUGGGAGGCCACAGAGGCAGCACUGAACAGAGUGGAUGAUAUCGAUCUACUGGUGAAUAAUGCUGGGAUAGCAUUGCUGCAGCCAUUUCUUGACGUGACCAAGGAGGCCUUUGACAGGUCUUUCAAUGUCAACCUUCGAGCUGCGCUGCAGAUCUCCCAGAUUGUUGCUCAGAAGCUGAUUGCUCGAGGAGCUCCGGGUGCAAUAGUGAAUGUCUCGAGCCAGGCCUCGCAGCGGGCUGUGCUGGAUCACACAGUAUACUGUUCCACCAAGAGUGCUUUGGACAUGCUGACCAAAACAAUGGCGCUGGAGCUGGGGCCUCACAAGAUCCGGGUUAACAGUGUGAACCCCACUGUCGUCCUGACUGAGAUGGGACGCCGCAAUUGGAGUGAUCCCCAGAAGGCUGCAACUAUGACAAGCCGUAUCCCAUUGGGGAAGUUCGCAGAGGUGGCUGAUGUGGUGAACAGCGUCCUCUUCCUGCUGAGUGACCAAAGCAACAUGUCAACAGGUGUCGUACUGCCAGUUGAUGGGGGAUUCCUUGUCAGUUAAAGCACAGCGUGUGCUCCAU